AUGGGUCAAAUCAUUAUCAUGCUGUGUAAGUGGGCUGUGAGGACCAGGAUGAACAUUCAUGUUCAUGCAGCACUGUUGACUGUUCUGAGCUUGUCCAGACCGUCAGCAGGCUGCCCAUCCACCUGUACCUGCAACAGCACCAACUCCAACUGCAGCAGCCUUGACGACCUGAUAUCCAUCGACUCUAUUCUAAACCAGCUUCCAUCUAACCUCACUUCACUCACCCUCUCUGGAAACAACAUAACAGUGAUGGAGCCAGGAUCCUUCUCCAACCUCAGCAGCCUUGAGCUUCUAGACCUUUCCAGCAACUUCCUAGUGAACCUUCCAGCAGAUCUCUUCUCUGACCUCAUCAGCCUCCGAGAGCUGGUUUUAAGAGACAACAGGUUAAAGACGCUGAGCCCAAAACAGUUUCAGAGCCUGACUGAACUCCAGCACUUGGAUCUUUCCUUCAACAGCCUGGCCACCCUGCCCCCAGGUCUCCUGGAUGGGCCACAGGCCCUAGCAUGGCUCUCACUGGCUGGGAACAAGCUGUUGACCCUGCAGAGAUCAGUGGUGGAGCCCCUCACUGCUUUACAGCACCUUCAGCUGGAGGGAAACCACUGGAAUUGCAGCUGCAGUAUAAUACCACUCAGACACUGGUUGGAAUGGAUGCUAUACAGAGGUGGCCAUGUGGAUUCCAUACAGUGCUCUCUCCCUCCCAUUCUACAAGGUACAGAUCUCCGCCGUGUUCCAAUGGAGAUGUUCAGACACUGCUCCCAGCCUCCUUUCUCAGACACCAGGCAUCCUUCCGCCUGUUUCCGGACAGCUGAGGGUUUCCUGGUCUCCGCUGACCCGGCAGCAGAUUGUUUCCGGCAGCGCCACAGACCCAUCAGCGUUCGCAGAGCACCUGUCACCGUGGUGGUGGCUGGGGUGGUGUGUGGGAUAGUGUGUGUGAUGAUGGUGGUGGCUGCCACUUAUGGCUGCAUCUACGCCAUGCUAGCAGCCCAUCAGCAGCAGGAGCUACUGGAUAAGAGUCUGCAGCUUCAGCAGCAGCCGCUGAUGGAAGAGAGGGAGGCGGAGCCAGGAGAGGAAGAGACGGCGCCAGACGAGGCUCCAGAAAAGGCUCCAGAGUGCACAGAGUGGAUAGCGUUUCCACCAGAGGUCUGCGUUUGA